AUGCUACGGCAGCCGUAAUUACAGGCUGGAAGUCGGCAAUAGUCGUUGGCACUACAUCUACGUCGAUGGGCGGGAAUGCACAAUGCGGAAGCACUACACCGGAAGUGGCGGAUGGGAAGCUCGAAGAUGCACUCGCAGACCAAGGUACAACACCGGCAGUGGCACCACCGGCGGACUGGAAGCUCGGACUCGCACUCGAACUCGAAGGUACAACACCGGCAGCGACUCCACCGGCGGACUGGAAGCUCGUACUCGCAGGUGUGCCCGCUCCUGUGUUUGGUGGGAAAGGGGGGUUCGCAACAACAAGGCCUGUCCCAACGCUAGGCGAGGGAGCUUGGGGAGACACACGAGGGAGGGCAUCGGGACCGAGGGUCACAGCACUACCGGUAUACGUGGGAGGCAAGCGAGUGGCCCAAAGUGAACAUCCUACAUCGGAGUAGGCAAAGGAAAGCUGGCCAUUGAAGAGAUGCACGCCAUUCUCAUCCAACAUAAUUCUCUGCCUACGCUGCGUAUGGUGGAGAGAAAACAGAUUGAAUGUGAUGCCGGGGACUACGUACACGUCCGACAUCUGCACGCAAAAAUCGGUCUCGCCCGAAGGGCCGGGCAUGUGAAAUGCCAUGUUGAUGCUACCAACACAUUGCACGCGCAGAUAGGCACCAUUCCCUACUUGGAUGAACUCUUUUCCUGCUGGGAUUGGCUUCAUGUCGAACAUGUUUUCGCUACUGCUGACAAACGUGUUGCUCGCGCCGCUGUCGGCCCAAAAUUGCUCUCUACCAAUCUGCGAAGGGCGACUCUGAACAGACAAAGCGAAACCACUACCAUUCUCACGCGCUACCACAUUUGGAAAGAUCUCGCCUUGUGACACAAAACGUGUCUUGAGGAAGUGAAGAUGCCCAGGGGAUCCGGCUGCGUCGGGAGGAGGCGAAUGGUACGGGGCAUGGGUCGAGUGCUGCUGCUGCUGCUGGAACGACGGCGGUGGCGGAGGCUGCGGCGGUGGCUGCUGCUGCUGCUGGUAGUACGGUGUCGGAGGCGGGUAGUACGGCUGCUGCUGGUAGCUGUAGUCUUGCGACGGUUGCUGAUACUGUGGCUGCUGCUCCCACCCCCCAUACUCGGUGCCAUACGCGGGCCCCCCAUGGGGCGCAGCACUAUACGUUUGACUCACAUUUGCAUGCCCGUGCGGGGGCCGCCACUGCUGCUGCGGUGUACGGGGGGGAGCUGGAUGUCCGUGAUGCUGCUGUCCUCCGUAGCCGCCGUGAGGUCCGUGCUGGGGCCCACCC